CCUCUUUGAGAAUUCAUGUGACGCCCGUCGCUACGACGAGAGAGCAGUUAAUUCCACGUCGGAUUCGACGGCGUAAUUAGAAUUUCGGGACUCACUGAUCGCCCCUCUUCGUUAAUAUUGGAUUCACUUAUCGGAACUUUUUUCCUAGGGUUCUAGUACAAUCUGCGAAAAUUAUCUUAAAUAUAUAUUACCAGUAAAGAAAUUAUGAAUUUUGUAAAUAUCAGCGACCGACUUUCUGGCAAGCUUGUAUGUAACUUUCAUAAAUUGCGCAAGGUUUUUGACUCGCGAGUUAGAGUCGCGCUUUUUGCGAAUUUGUUCCCAACGUUUCGUGAACAUUUCAGUUCAUCAAAGAGAGGAGCGAUCUGAUACUAUCAGCAUAUGUUUACGAAACAUUGAAAGCAAAUUCAUGCAAAAUGCAACUCCAAACCGGGGAAACCAAACCUGGCAUUUCUUCAAAUCGCACAAGUCUCAGAUUUCGCGAAUUAUAAUUGAAUGUAAAUGUAAGCUACAGAGACUCUUUUGAAACCUGUAAAAAUUUAAAGAGCGAAUUUCGCGACACGGUCGGGAAAAUGAGAUGGAGUCGCGACGCAGCGUUGGCGGACGGAAGGGUAGUUAUGGAAAACGUAAAUGUGCUCACCGUCCUCUUAGACAACGCGGCGCGCGAUUCAAAUAGUUUCUCGAAUACGUCGUAUUUUAUUUACUAGCGUAACCGUGCUUUACUUAUCGACGCGAAUAAGCGAGCACCCGGAGCGGUAUCGACGUUAUACUCGAUAAAACGUUCUCCCGCGCCAUUGAAGAACGCGGAGAAGUUUGACAUUAUUAACAUCUGAUAUUACGGGCCGGACUGGCCGCCGGAAAAGUAGAACGACCUGGAUACACAAAGUAGCUCCGACGCCUGUCGCCUUUUAUAUUAAACCCGGCGAUAUUGAGCGCGGGUGGUGGCUCUUCUCUUAAAAACCCAGUCGCGAGUUUCGCUCUUAUCGCCCGCCGAAAUCUCGUCUGAAAGGAGAUGACGCGGCCCGGGCGGCGGAAGGAGUCGCAGCCCGUCGGCCUUUUCACCGUUCGGAAUGACAAAGAAGCCGCUGCUAUCCGUCACGAGGAAAACUUCUUCACGUGACAAGAAAACGCCGACCGUGUGCCGGUGCAUGUCGUGACGACAACCGCUGCCGCCGUCGUCGCCGACGAAUACUCGCUGGCGAAUUCUCGUGAGUCGAUGAGAGAGCGGCAUCGUCGCCCGAGCUCGAGAGUACCGAGAAAUAUGUUCUUCUGGAUGACCGAAUAACCGUGGGAUAAAAACGACAGAAGAUUCGAAGAUGAAUUGGCCACUGGUGCUGACUUGCUUUUUGCUGCCGCAGUCGUGCAUUCUCGGAGCAUCGCGUGCAGGCUGCACGUUUCCGGAGGAGUGGUACGGCCGUUGGUUCCAAUCGGGGAAUCAGGGUUUGGUGACCGUAAACGGCUCCAUCAUCACCAGCAAGGGCCAGUGCAUCGAGAAAAAUGGCGACAAGUUCCUCGUUCACGACACGAAGGAUAAGUGCUACCGAUGCAUCGUGAUGCACGCGCAACACACGAACGUGCUACAGUACAAAGAAACUUAUUGCACGAGCGAGUCGCCGGAGCCGAGUCUGCUGUUCAAGUGCAGUCUGUUGACCAGCGACGCCACUCUGGUCUCCCUGUUUCGCAUCGGUGCAGCGCCGCUGCCCUGUCCCAUUAAGGGACCCUUGGAGUUCACCUACAGCCAGGGCGAGGGCGAGUGCAAUUCGCCGCAGUCACGGGCGGAAGCGUGCACGCAGGAGUCGCGGCUGCUCCUGCGCUAUCAAGCGUGCGCCAAUGUUCAUUCGUCUGAAAGCGUCGACGUAGAAUUGGAGUGUCUGGCUCAUUGGAGGGAGGGCAGCACAAAUUACAUGAUCGCGCGUUUGCACAGCGAUCGUAAAACAAACGACGAGGAGAGCUACAGAUGCUUUAUUUACACAAAUCCAUCGAACAACACGUGGCACCUCGCGCAGAGCUCGGACGCCGCCUGCAACGGAUUGAUCAGUGUUCACGAGGCUGCUAGGACGUUCAAGAUGACGCAAAAAAAGCCGCCACAGCAUUGCACGUAUCCGUCCUGGGUGGUGGACGGUAAAUCGUGGGUGGCUUUGGAUCGAAUGGCCUCCCGACUCUUGGCAUCGUCUUACAACCUCACGAUCCUCGACCGGAACGAGACCCGUCUUGUUUGCCAUUCGGCUGUCUCCCCUGAUGAUCAUCGUCAUCACCAUUCUACGCCGGUCGAUAGGGAGAACCAACAGCAGUUCGUCGCGAAGGCGACGCGAGAUUGCAAGAACGGAUACGUGUGCAUCAUGUUCCACAGGCGGGACAAGCACGUAAUAGAGAUGCAACUUUCGGAAUGGGGCCAGCAGCCUGACGAUAUAUGCAACUCGAGCACGUUCAACUCGCACUCGAUGCCGUACACGACGUUCAUCACAUCCGACCUGAUGACCCGGCAAUGCCCUAAUCUCGGUCGCUACGAGAUCGUGUCGUUGUUCCGGCCGCCAAACGCCGACAACGUCGAAGACAUAUUGGCCGUCGACGGCGAGCAGAACGUUGCCAACGCGGCGGAAGUGCACGACGUGAGAGUGCCCUCCACGCCAUUUCCAAGGCAGUGCCAUCACGGCAGCGUGCGUAGACUGGACAUCGGUUGCAGGACACCCGAUCGCAUGGAGUUCGCCACGUCUUGCAGCGACGAGGCACUAUCCGAGUACUUAUGCCAUGGAACUUGGGUUGAGAACGACACCGCUUACUUGGUGGCUAGCACCGACGUCGGACGUUACUGCCUCGUUUACAGCGCGUCCGCCGCGACGACAGGAAGUCGUGAACUCUCGGUGACGGGCCAUCUCGCUUCCUGUCCGAGGGCCUCUCAUCGCCAUCCAGUCUCGUGGCAGGUUAACCUCACGUCGUACGCUCAAUGCGGCGACAUCUCGUCGGCGACUGCGUGGGCGCUUCGGAUGCCGGCGUCUCUCUUCAAUGUCGUCUUCAUCGGCGCGCUCUUCGCCAGGUACAUCGCGAGGUGAUGGCACUGAGUCGAGACGCACCGCUACGCACCGGCUGCGGCUGUAUAGUUGAAAAGGAAAAGGAAAAAAAAACAAAGACUCUUAUUGCGAUAUUGCGUUUGCGGGUGAUUAUACAUAACGUUCUAGG